UUUUUCUCCUUGGAAAUCCUCUCCAGCUCUCUUACUAUUAACCAUAAUCAUGAACAAGAUGAAGUCCGAGCACAAACCUCGUUCAAAGGUGAUGAGGAAGCUCAACAGGAAAAGCUCCAUUGUUAGCAUUCUUCCUCAAGACCUUCUUCUUGAAGUAACCAAGCAAAUUGCGUCCAAGUCCUCAACCCCUCUCAGGGAUAUCAGAGUCCUCAGAGCAACGUGCAAGAGUUUUUACCGAGCAUCGAAGGAGAAGUUGGUGGGCCGUUCGCUCGCAGUUGAUAAGGAGGACAUGCUGCAGUGGUGGGAGAACAAUGCGUACUUUGCUCUGCUUAGAGAUUGCGCAGAUUGCGACAAUCUUGAAGCCAACUUCAUUCUUGGAGUUGAGGAAAUCUACAAUUUAAACCAAGGGCGUUCAGGCCUGCAACAUCUCCAACGCGCGAUGGAUGGGGGUCACCUCGCUGCGGCGUAUUUUAUGGCAAUCUUGUUGUUUCGUCACGCCGCUACAAAAUAUGAUGCGAUGAACAUCCUGAACAGGGUAUCCACCGGAGACCUUUCAAGCACGAAGAGCGUGACGCCAUGCACAAAAUCCGGCAAUCCCACCGUAAACAGAUGUCGUAGGGAGACGAUACGGGUGAUAAGGAAAAGUUGGAAGAAGGAGUUCGAGAUUGAGCCGGGCGUUCCCUGCAAACAUCGAAACUGUGGAAGAGACGAUGGUGAUGGCGUUAUAGACCCCUGGGUCAAGGACGGUGAAUCCCCGAGAGUCUUCUGCAGUCAUCUUUGUCGAUGGACUUACGAGUAUCAUAAUUUCUUUGGACAAAUUUGAAGCUUUUUCAUUUUUUUUUCAUUUUUUUUUAUUUUUUUA